AAUUGAUUUGACCCAUUUUCUAGAACUAAAAUCCGCGCCGGCAAUUACUUAAUUACCCGAAUUGUGACUUUAUUGACCAUUAAGUGAAAAUACAUGCUCUUCAAAGUGUGUUUUUUUUUUCCGUCUCCUUGUUCCCUCUCUCUCCUUCCUCCCUGUUCUUCCCAAUUGCAAUUUCAUAAAAACAAAUUGCAAAAAGGGUUUAACAAAAAAAUCAAAUAAAAUUGAAGGUAAUAAUCAUAAUUAUUGCAUUUGGAGAUGGCUAAAAUUCCAGUAGGGUGUGAACCAGUGGUGGGUUCUCUCAACACUCCCAAGAAGAAAGAUUACAAAGUCACUAACAGACUUCAAGAAGGCAAACGCCCUUUAUACGCCGUCGUUUUCAACUUCAUCGAUUCCCGCUUCUACAAUGUCUUCGCCACUGUUGGUGGCAAUAGGGUAACUAUUUAUAGAUGCCUUGAAGGUGGUACAAUUGCUGUUCUCCAAUCCUAUGUUGACGAUGAUAAGGAGGAGUCUUUCUAUACCGUUAGCUGGGCUUGUGAUGUUGAUCGUGCUCCACUGUUAGUGGCUGGUGGUAGCAAUGGCGUAAUUCGUGUAAUUGAUGUUGCACAUGAGAAGAUACAUAAGAGUUACGUUGGUCAUGGAGACUCCAUUAAUGAAAUCAAGACUCAAUCCCUGAAACCAUCGCUUAUACUGUCAGCCAGCAAAGAUGAAUCAGUUCGUCUGUGGAAUGUUCAUACUGGAAUAUGCAUUUUGGUAUUUGCUGGAGCUGGGGGUCAUCGUAAUGAAGUCUUGAGUGUGGAUUUCCACCCUUCUGAUAUUUAUCGGAUUGCAAGUUGUGGAAUGGACAACACUAUUAAGAUCUGGUCAAUGAAGGAGUUUUGGACAUAUGUGGAAAAAUCUUUCACAUGGACAGAUCUUCCAUCAAAAUUCCCCACAAAAUAUGUGCAAUUCCCUAUCUUUAUUGCUUCAGUUCAUACAAACUAUGUUGACUGUACAAGGUGGCUUGGUGAUUUUGUCCUUUCUAAGAGUGUUGACAAUGAGAUUAUAUUGUGGGAGCCAAUUAUGAAGGAGCAAUCUCCCGGCGAGGGUUCAGUUGACAUUCUUCAGAAAUAUCCUGUUCCUGACUGUGAUAUUUGGUUCAUAAAGUUCUCAUGUGAUUUUCAUUACAAUGCUGUAGCAGCAGGCAAUAGGGAAGGGAGGAUCUACAUCUGGGAGCUGCAAUCUUGCCCCCCUGUUCUGAUUGCAAAGCUCUCACAUCUCCAAUCAAAAUCACCUAUUAGACAAACUGCCAUGUCAUUUGAUGGAAGCACUAUUCUAGCUUGCUGUGAAGAUGGAACAAUCUGGCGAUGGGAUGCAGUAUCUUCUUAGAUUUUAAGCAAGCUGUUUGUCAAAAUAUUUCCAAUCUACCAUAAAAGUUAAAAGGAUUCUGAACGAAGUCUGAUGUGUCCACUUCUGGGAAAUGAAGAGAGCCAUUAGCAACACCAAAGGCUGGCAGAGCUGUUGCGGUUGAUCAACAAUUGUGGAGGCAAAAUGUAUAAGCAGAUAUAUGGAGUCAUAUAUUACUGUGAUUCUGUCAUGAAUAGGUAGCUCAAUCGGAGGAUGUUCCGAAUCUUAUUUGUAUCAGCGCAGCAAUGUUGUACCGUGUAUUAGGAUACUUCUUUCGUCUGCUAGUUUGAGUGUGGGCUUCUGGGUCAGUUUGGGGUCAGUGCUAGGAAGACUGUAGAUUUGAAUCAGAUGAUUGUAAUAGAUAUAAGAGAGCUAGCUGACCUGUUCAUUAUACCAAGAACUCAGAAAGAGUGUUUUAUAAUUUCUCAUCAUAGAAUUGUUCUCUUGUUUUCAGUAACUUUUCCCAACUUAUACAAAGUAUAUUAUUUGUAUUAUUUCAUAUAUUUCACAAUGGUAUCAUAUAUUUCACAA